CAGGCACUUGGCUUCUUGUGGUAUUCUGAUGACCAGAAUUUCUCCUUUGCAAGUACCUGUAAUGAGCCAUACCUUUUCAAGAACUUUCUUCAACAUUGCUGCACCACUAGUAAAUAAAAGAAAAGAAUAUUCAGAAAGAAGAAUUAUAGGGUAUUCUAUGCAGGAAAUGUAUGAAGUUGUUGCUGUUGUGGAGAAUUACAAACUAUUUGUUCCUUGGUGUAAAAAGUCAGAUGUAUUAUCGAAGCGCUCUGGAUACUGCAAAGCACAGCUAGAAAUAGGAUUCCCUCCUGUAGUAGAGAGGUAUACAUCAGUUGUUACCCUAGUGAGACCACAUUUAGUUAAGGCAUCCUGCACAGAUGGAAAACUAUUUAAUCACUUGGAAACAGUAUGGCGUUUCAGCCCAGGUAUCCCUGGUUAUCCAAGGACUUGUACAUUGGAUUUUUCAGUUUCUUUUGAAUUUCGUUCACUUCUACACUCAAAACUCGCUACAUUAUUUUUUGAUGAAGUGGUAAAGCAGAUGGUAGCUGCAUUUGAAAGAAGAGCAUCCAAACUCCACGGCCCAGAAACAAGCAUACCUCGGGAGCUAAUGUUUCAUGAAGUUCAUCACACGUAAAGGGAAAAUUGUAACAAGCUCCAUUAUAAACUUGUUUGUACACUUCCUUCUUACAAGAGGUGCCAUGCUCCUCCUUCGGGGCAUCUUAUUUCCUGAGCUUUGUGUGUGAUUCUAUACUGUACAAAACACACCUGUUCAGC